AUGAAGUUAUCAUCAUCAGCAGCCAUUGCCAUAUUGGCCUACUCAGCUGCGAUCAAUGCAGCUCCAACCGUGACUGUGGAAAAAGUAAUCAAUAACGAUGUCAUAGUCAAGAGAAAUGCCAUAGCUUUAGCCAAUCCUAGUCCAGUCGCAGUUCAAAAUAUUGAUUUAGAUAAAUUAUUGGCAGAUUUAAAAGACUUCAAAGUUAAACGUGAUGACAUUACAGAAGAAUUAUCCAAAAGACAAUAUCAAAUUGUUACUGAUGUAUUGGCAGCUAUCAAUCAAUCUGAAUUAGCUCCUACUAUUUUAAAUUAUUUCGUUACUGAUAGUGUUUUACAACCGAUUGUGAUUGAAACCAUUAUUCUUGUUAUUAAAUCAGGGGUGAUUAAUUUAACUGCUUUAUUCAAUGCUUUAGAUGAAUCUAAUUUAGUAGCUAAUGUGGUUCAAGAUUUAAUUUCAGAUUGUAGUCUUUAUGUCCUGUUAUUUAAUACUGCUAAAGGAGUGAUUAGUGAUUUAGCUACUAUUGUUAAACAAAAAAUUGCAGCUGGUAUUUCAUCAUUAAGUUUAAAACGUGAAUUAGCAACUCCUUACACAACUGAUUUAUUAAAUUUAAAGAGAGAUAUUGCUGAUCAAGACAGUUUAUCUGAAUUAGAGAAGAGAGCUAUUUCAAUUAAUGUCAAUAAUAUUGUGGUUAAUUUAUUAGAAUCAUUAUAUUCAUCAGGAUUAGCUACCUCAGUAAUUGAAUCUGUGUUAACUGAUGCUAAUUAUAUUCCAUUUGCCGUUAAAUUAAUUAGUGCUUUAAUUGCUACUAAUUCUAUAAAUCUUUCAGCUAUUGUUAGUGCUCUUGAAAGUUCAGAUUUAGCUCCUGAUUUAUUAAAACAAAUUUUAACUGUUAAUACUUUCAAUACUGUUAUUGCAAAUUCAUUUGCUGCUUAUGCUGGAACUUGUUCUGCCUCUACAAGUGGUGGAAGUAGUUCAAGUGGUAGUGGUAGUAGUUCAGGUAGUGUAAGUAGUAGUGGAAGUGGAAGUGGAUCAGGAGAUUCUGCCGUGGUGAGUAGUGGAAGUGGAAGUGGAUCUGUAGCUCCUGCUAAUCCAUGUUCAAAGAAGAGAAGAAGAAGAAAGAGAUCAAAUUAUUAG